AUGGCUGACUUCCAGGCGAUCCUCGAUGAAGAGUUCGAGGUCCUCGAGUCCAUCUUCCCCGAUGAGUUGGAGAAGGUCAAUGACACGCAGGUCCGGAUACGUGUCGAGCCCGAGGAAGAAGUGACUGGGCAUCCAUUAACCGUCGCCCUGGUGGUCACUUAUCCUCCAACGUAUCCGGACGUGAUUCCCGAACUGGAGUUCGAGGAGAUCGAUGUCGAGUCGGGCGAACUGCGUGAUGGCGAGGCGGACGAGUUGGUCAAGCACCUCAACAUUGUUGCCGAAGAGUCGCUCGGUAUGGCCAUGACUUUCACCCUCGCCACGGCGGCGCGUGAGGCCCUCUCGGCCCUCAUUGUGGCCCGCCAGGUUCGCGAGAGGGAGGAGGAUGAUGCACGGACCAAGGCUUACGAGGAGGCCGAGGCGGCCAAGACCAAGGGUACACCCGUCACCCACGACUCGUAUGAGAAGUGGCGUGUGGCUUUCAUGAAGGAGCUGGACGUGAGGCGGGCCAAGAACGAGGAUGAGAGGGUGCGCGCGCUGUCGGCAAAGGAGCGUGAGGACGUCAAGCGCAAGAAUGCGCGGCCGAGCGGACGGCAGCUGUUCGAGACGUCCAAGGUCUCGGCGACCUCGGACGAGGCGCUGUACGAGGACGGCGAGGCUGUCGACAUGUCCAAGUACACACGCGAGGAGCGCGACCUUGCGCGCUGGGGCGGCGAGGACGAGCCCGCCGUCAAGCUCGAGGAGAGCGACUCCGAGUAA